GGACGCACUGACGCGACUGCUCCUGGGGCGAGUCCCGUGAUGGCCGGCGGUGGGGCAGUCGCCGCGGUCGCCUUUUCCUUUGCCGCUGUCCCGCCGCCGUCCCUCGAGCACAGCGCUGUCGCCAUGGCCGAGGAAGAGAGCCUGGCGCCUCCCAGGGAAGGAUCAGGCUGGCUGUCCGUGUCCAGUUGGUUGCCUGCGUGGUGUCCUACGUCAGUGGUACAGCUUAAAGAAGCUGAAGAGAAAAUGCUGAAAUGUAUCAAAAGUCCAUAUCAUAAGCAAUAUGUCUUCAUAUCCAAUGGAAAUAAAAUAUGGACGCUAACAUUCUCUCAGAACCUUUCCCAUAAAACUCCACUUGUUCUCCUCCAUGGGUUUGGAGGAGGUGUUGGACUUUGGGCUCUGAACUUUGAAGACCUUUGUGAAAAUAGAACUGUUUAUGCCUUUGAUUUCUUGGGAUUUGGACGUAGUAGUAGGCCACAGUUUGAAACUGAUGCAGAACUAGCAGAGAAUCAAUUUGUGGAAUCUAUUGAAGAAUGGCGACAGAAAAUAGGCUUGGACAGAAUGAUUUUACUUGGACACAACCUGGGUGGAUUCCUGGCAGCUGCUUACUCUCUGAAGUACCCCUCAAGGGUGAAGCAUCUUAUAUUAGUGGAGCCAUGGGGUUUUCCAGAAAGACCCAGCAAUGCUGAACAGGAAAGAUCAAUUCCAGUCUGGAUCAAAGCACUUGGAGCCGUUUUGAGUCCGUUUAACCCAUUGGCUGGUCUCAGGAUAGCAGGACCUUUCGGACUGAGCCUUGUACAGCGUAUUAGGCCAGAUUUCAAGAGAAAGUAUUCUUCCAUGUUUGAUGAUGACACUGUGACUGAAUAUAUCUACCAUUGCAAUGUGCAGUCACCAAGUGGUGAAACUGCUUUCAGGAACAUGACCGUGCCAUACGGAUGGGCAAAAAGGCCAAUGCUGCAGCGGAUUGCCUACAUGCACCAAGACAUUCCUAUCACUGUGAUUUAUGGAGCACGGUCAUGUAUAGACGGCAAUUCUGGGACCACCAUCCAGUCUCUACGGCCAAACUCAUAUGUGAAAACCAUAGUUAUUCUCGGUGCGGGUCAUUAUGUAUAUGCUGAUCAACCUGAAGAUUUCAACGAGAAAAUAAAAGAGAUUUGCAAUUCUGUGGACUGAUUAGAAUUCUACUCUUCAGAAAAACCAGCUGCAGAUGUAAUCCAAAGCAAUACUUUGUAAAAUACUAAGAAACAAAGACUUUUUUAAAAAACACACACACAAAACCAGGCUUUGUUUGCACCAUUUUCUUUUAAAAUGUUACUCACACACUUUAAGCCAUGCAGUGCCUUUUGCUAGGGAAGGGAGAUUUUCAAGAUCAACAUUGUAUAGUUAAGUUUGAUAUUGCUCUUUAUAUAUUUAGAGAGGGUAUUUGUUUCUCUAAUAUUUUUAAAACUGGACAUUUCUCAAAUUGAACUUUUUGAAAAUUUAGAGGAUUUUCCAGUUAAGCUAUAGUUUACAUAUACAACGAAGACUUUCUGUAUCUAACUGUAAUGAAAUCUCUUCUUUAUUUACAGUCCAAUGACCCAGUAGUCUUCGGCAACUGUAAUAAAAUAAUGGAGUAAAUGUUGUUUAGCUAUUUCAGUUUUCAGUCUUGACACACUGGUCUUUUUAAGAUUUUGAAAGUGUUCCACUGUAUUUCUCUAUGAAUCCCAAAAGUGUGUAGAAGAUCUUAAUUACCUUUUUUUAGGUUAUGAAGUGGGAUUGUCAAAAUAACCUCAGAGCUCUAAGGAAAAGGACAAAAGUAGGAACUGGAAGUGGGGUGGAGUAGUAAAGUAGUCAUGAAUUUCUACCCCAACCCCUCCCUGGCUGUAGGUACUGUCUGUUGCAAUAUUUUUUUGUGUUUGCCAGGGGGGUGGUCUUUUUGUUAUUUCUGACAUUUGUGUUGCUAAAGAGCUGUUAUAGAAUCCACCGACUUUAAAACAAACACCUUUUUAGUUGCACAGCCUGUUCAUUUGUAGGUAUUAUUGCAUGAUCCCUUGCUGGCUUGCACCUUGUGGUUAGAGUGUUUAUCCCGGGGGGCGGGGUCUAAUGUGCUAAGAUGAUUUUUUUUCUAAGAAAAGUGCAAUAGUGAGCCAGUUUAAGUGGAAAACAGGAAAGUAUAUUAUGAUUAACGCCCAGAAAUACUAUAAAAAGACACAGUGCAAAUGAAACAGGAGACCAUCUUUACCUCAGGACUUUUAAAUAAAAUACUUGAUUCCGUGCAGUAUUUUUAAUAAGAAUUGUUUAUGCUCUAGUUCUUCAUAAAACUGUAAUUUGACAUAAGUUCUUAGGUACUUUGUUAUAAUAAAAAGCAAACUUUUGUCAAUGAAAAGCAAGUAGAGUAGUUUGUAAACAAAGGUCUGCACAAUAACAGUCAGUUUUUGAAUGUUGA